AUGUCCAAUGGUAAUCCGCUUGUGGUUGCAGCAUUAGAUUUUGGAACAACGUUUUCUAGCUGGGCAUUUUCGUUUAAACAUGAAUAUGAAAUGGAACCGACAAAGGUGACUGCAAAAGUAGGGUACGGAUUAGAAUCAGCUGUGUCAUUGAAAGCCCCAACUUCAAUAUUGAUCAAGCCUGAUGGUGAAACCUUUCAUUUGUUUGGUUUUGACGCCGAGACAGAAUAUGCAUUACUAGCUGAAGAAAAUCAACAUACGAAGUACUUCUUCUUUCAAAAAUUUAAGAUGCAGCUGUACGACAAGAUGGCCGGAAUAGAUGGUCAAAAUCUGAAAAUUGCCCUGGAACCAGAAGUUGCUUCUCUGUAUUGCCAGCACAUUCCUGGUGUGGACUCUCUGGCAAUGAUGAAAGCUGGGAGUAAAUACCUCAUUCUUGAUGCAGGAGGACCAAUUGUUGUGAAGCAAUUUAAAGAAGUUGCAAUGGUUGACUAUCUUGAUCUUAUGAAAAGUUUCGAAUUAAAAAAGAGAACUAAACCUCCUACACAAGGCGUACAAAAAGUGAUGGUAAAGAUUCCGACCAAAUUAAAAACACUUACUGAAGAAAUUACUGGAAAAGUGCCUGAAGAUACAAUUGCCGAGACAAGGUACAAGGACGGCAUAAAAAUUGUUGUUGACAAGUUGAGAUUCGAUAUUGAUAUAAUGAAUUCGUUUUUCAAAGAGUCCGUGGAAAACAUCGUUGGACACCUUAAGGAACUUUUUAUGAAACCAGAUGUUGACGCAUGCGAUGUCAUUCUAAUGGUCGGUGGGUAUUCCGAAUCGUACCAUUUGCAAGAAAAAAUAAAAUCUAAUUUCCCAUCGAAGAAGGUUGUUACUCCCAAUGAGGCGGGUCUAGCUGUACUGAAGGGUGCUGUUAUGUUUGGCCACAAUCCGGCGCUUAUUGCCGAGAGGAAGAUGAAAUUUACGUAUGGAAACGCAAAAUUCCCUGGAUUGUUUCAUGUCCAUGUUCGAGAGGGAGACACAGUCAAGCUUGGUGAAGAGCAACCAGAACAAAUUUUUCAUCCAAUUUUUCCAUUCCUAACUGAAGUUACAGUGAACCUCUUUUGUACUAAAGAUCGAAAUCCUGUACUUGUAGCUGAUGAAGGCUGUAUCGAAAUCGGAACAGUGACCGUACCAAUGCCUGACACGACAGGUGGCUGCGAUCGUAAAGUCGGUGUAAGUUUUCGUUUCGGGGGAACAGAAAUUGAAGUUAAGAAUGUUAGUGUAAUGUAG